UCGGAUGUCGGGAGAAUAAAUGGGGUGGCAGAGGAUAGAGUUGCGAGUCAUCAUGCGACAGACAGCCAAGUAACACGAGUCAUGUAGUCCUCUGAGGGUGCCAUCGUGAUUGGUGGAAAAUCUCCAAAAGAAUACAUCGUGUAAGGUCCAAGGUGUGGAAACGAAGCCAUCUUGUUUUGCAGCCUUCAUUUCACCUACCCGCCCUUUGGUUUACACUUGCAGCUCGUUUUCUUGGAUUUUUUGUCAGUCUGGGGCGAUGGGUGGAAAUACAUCUAGCAAUGCAUCUAGCACACAGCGUGCGGCGAUGGGUGGAAAUACAUCUAGCACACAGCGUGGGGCGAUGGGUGGAAAUGCAUCUAGAAGUAGGGUAGAACUUGUUCAGGCUGGGGUAAAAGAUGGGCAUGUUGUCCAGCUGAAAAGAUGUAGCACACCUUUUCCCCGUGGGAGUCAUGGUAUAUGGACAGGACGCAUUUACCAAAUUGUUGAAGCUGAUGAAGUGCUGUACGCAUCCAGAGAAGUUCCACCAGAGCUGAUACCACAACUUGGAUCAGGCAACAUUAGUUUUUCAGGUGUUUAUGCCACGAUCACAUUCAACAGGAACGAUGGGAACCUGAGCGAUCACUUUCUUGGAUAUCCAUAAAUAUUCCAUAACAAUGAUGGGGAUAUUAAAGAAUACUUGACUUAAUAUCACAUCUGAGAUGAAACUGAAGCAAAAAAGAAAUAUCAAC